GUGUAAGAGUGUUUGUCACAAACUUGCUUGAUGAUGUUGAUGAGGAAGCUGUAUUGGAGGCUGUGAAACCACAAAAGUGCAGUGUCUAAAGUAACACGCUGAUUCGAAUGGUAAGGUGAAGCCAAGGGCCAUGCUUGAUACUUGGACUCUAGACAAAAUCAUGGAUAAUCGUAUGAAGAUCUUGGACUUGAUCAGCAUGCUAGUAACUCCUGUCACAAAUCUAGCGACAGCCGAGGACGACUACCUCUCUUUAAACAAUAUUCUUCAACACAACAUGUCCAAGGUUGCGAACGAGAUUGAGACUGGGGGAAUCGACGACUCUCUCUUGUAUGAUUUACGAGCGACCCUGGCCAUCGCGAAACCAAGAUGGCGUUUUGUCGCAUCGACCUUGAAACUGCUCGCGCACCUGUCGCAGACACUUGACGAAAUUGCGACAGCAGCUUCCGAAACCGAUGGUGGAGCAUCAGUGAAGCCCAACCAAGCACCCCAGCCCCCGGCGAGCGCACUGAACCCAUGUGAGCAGAAAGUGGUGGCCACCGCGCUGCAGUUUGUCGUCCGUCUCGCUAUCUACCCGAACCUGGAUGCGCAUGUCGGCGGCUUGACCCUUGACCCGAAGCAGCCACGCAACACCUGGCAGCUGCAUGCGUGCGUGCGCUCGCUGACCAAGUCCCAGUGGUGGCCGGGUCCCGCAGCCGGCGCCGGCCACCUGCGUGACGUUCUCGCGGCACUGCUGCAGCUCUGUUUCGGUCCAGCCACGCACCGGCUGCGGUGCGCGUACGACCGCCGCGCGCACUUGUGCGACGACACCGCCACUGUGAGCGCACCGCAACCGAAUUGGCACUUCCCGGCGAACGCAAGUUCGGUGGAAGUGCUGACAGAGGAAGAGUACGAGGAGUGUCGGCGGGACCUGGUCGCGCUGCUAGAUUGUACGCAUCAGCCGCUUGUGGUUCGUAGUCUACUGAUCUUGCAAGGCGGUGACGUGCAUAAGGUCAAGAAGCAGCCGGUACCGACGUGGUUGUGGCAGGAGUGCGGGCGACUACUCUCUGAGCUGCUGUUGAAGCCUUGCGGUGUCAGCGCUGUCAUCAUUGCUCUAGCGAACGACGAUGAGGCGCCGUCGCUGGACUGGAUGAAGUGCCGGUCAAUCACGUGCUUAAUAGCAAACCCCCCUCAGCAAGUGAAGUCCGUCAACGACUAUUACAUGGUCAUCUGCGCUCAGCUUCUUGACUUGCUCGCGUUGGACGUGACGACGCGGUCUCGCGUACUGGUGCGCGUCGCGUGCGCGUGCGUCGCCACCAUGUGGCGUCGGCAGCCGGUGCUCACGCGCACGUACGUACUGGACGUCGUCAUGACACCGCUGCUGAUAUGCACGGCGCAACACGAUUCGUCAGCGGCCGAGCUACUCGCCGACGAGUCCUCUUUGUCGUCCUGCAUCCGCGCGCUUCACAGGUUGUUUGCGUCGACGGGAGAGCCAGACGGCAGAUUUUUGGUCGCGCUCGCACCGGUGCUGCAUCCGUUAUUAGCGCUGUUCUGUUUCACCAGACAGGGCGUGUCGCACCUGAAACAACCCGUGCAGGACAUCCUUGUGACCUUCUUCAAGCAGGCCGAUACAGAUUUCGCUCUCAGCUGCCUCAUGGAACUCGUGUUCGAGAAACGAACCGAGCGGAACGACCGCCCCGCUUUACCGCGUACGAACUCUCGCGCGGUUAUUCAGACGGGUUCCGAGGGCGGCGCGAGAGUUACGCGGGUGUCGUCGUCGCGAAGCAUGGACGAGAUUCUAGCAGAGAUCGACGUGGAAACGCGAGGCGUCGUUGCGCUGCUGCAGAUGCUGCCAGCGGACGCUCUGCCGGCCGAGUUCUUCAUCAGCGUCAUGCAGAUGCUGACGGAUGCCGCAGGUGUCGCGGAGACGGAGAAGGUGUCGUCGUGGGACUGUGCGCUGCGGGAGGCUGAGAUGAUGGCGGCGAUGUGCGAGUCGCUCGGACCCGCCAUGAUGACGAAGAAACGCCACGUCGUCGAGUUCUCAGAGACGUUGCUACGACGCUACGCGAACAAAUGCUCUCCUGCUGCUGCUGCUGCUGCUGCUGCUGCUGCUGCUGCUGCUGCUGCUGCUACUGCUGCUGCUUAUUCUGAUGAUGCAGAGAGUAACAGUGAUGCUGAGGCGGUCAUGAUGGUUGUGUCCAUACUGACGCUAGUGAUGGAAGACACGGCGACGACUUCGGCCGACUGGCAGUCGCUGAAGGCGAUCUUACCACACCUGCACGUGAUCGGUGCCUCGCACCCAGAAUCUUUUGUGAAGGAGAUGGUGCAAGAGUUAGAGGUAGCCAUCGCAACGCACUGCGCAGUUCCCAUCUCGAAGAAAACGGCCAGUGAGAGCACCCUUCGAAGCAAACGCACGCGACCUGCGCAUGUCGCGAAUGUAUCGACCUGUAAACUUAUCGAAGUUGUGCAAGAGAAUGUCAGUGCUAACGAUCGAGGUGAGUUUUCCGAUCGGACUGGAGAGAUCACCAGGAAUCACUCGGAGGAGAGGAGUGUGGAGAAUACUGCAAGCCGUCCUCGCGACGCAUCCAUGCCUACGCUAGAUGCUUCCGAUGCGAUCGCGUCUUUGCCUGCGUCCACCGCGCCUCCACCCGGGUCGCCGCCUGCGUGGACGACGGACGAACGUGCGUCCACCGCGCCUCCACCCGGGUCGCCGCCUGCGUGGACGACGGACGAACAUGCGAGCAUCCCGAGUGAUGACGCGCAGUCCACACCGCAGUUGACGUCCGCUGACUUCAUGGAUGCGUGGAAGGACGCGCUCAGCGCUCUGGCACCGGUGCGCGCGGGCGGCAUGCGAGCGAUGGCGCGCCUCGUACGCAGCGGGGAAGCGGGCGCGCACGCGGAUCGACUCCUCGCUCUGUUCGUCGACAACAUGGCCGACGAUGACUCGUAUGUUUAUCUGUCGGCCGUGCAGGGUGUCGAGGCGAUGGCAGACGCCUAUCCUCGCACCGUCGUUCCCGCGCUCACACAGAUGUUCCUCAAUGCCUCGAAGGUCGAUGAGCAGCCUAAGGUCGUGGGAGAGCCUAAGGUCGUGGAAGAGCCUAAGGUCAUGGGAGAGCCUAAGAUCAUGGGAGGGCCUAAGGUCGUGGGAGAGCCCAAGGUCAUGGAAGAGCCUAAGGUCAUGGGGGAACAUAAGCUCGCAGGGCUACCGGAGGUUGUGGUACAGUCGAAAUAUUCGGUGGAGACACGGCUGAAGCUUGGCGAGGCACUCAUGAGAGCUUCACGCAAUCUCGGUGAGACAUUGCCUGGGUUCAUGGAGCUGCUGCUACACGCGUGUUUGCGCGGCGCACGGGACGAGGAGCCCCUCAUCAGGGCAAGCAGCUUGUCGAACCUCGCUGAGGUGUGUCGACUCUCACGCUUCUCUCUCGGCCCGGUCCUGCACGAGCUGCUUAGCUGCCUGACAGCCGUGCUGGGGUCAGAUCCACAGCCAGAGGUGCGCAGAGCGGCUGUUCACGUCAUUCGACUACUGCUGCAGGGUGUUGGAAGUGAUGUGCUUACCGUCCUGGGUGCAACCAUCAGAGCCCUCUACAGGUUGCUGAAGAAGGUUUACGAAGAAGAUGUGGAUGAUGUAGUGAGGCUCCACAGUCAGCUAGCCCUCGAGGAAUUAGACGUUGUUAUGCGAGAACUGAUCUUCCCUAAACAAAAACUUGAAAAGAAGAUUAGAAUACUGGAGCCAUUUUAAGACUAAAAUGUAUACUAACUACUAACUAAUAUUGUACUUGUCUUGUUUGUUACUUGUAUAGAACUGAUCUUCCCUAAACAAAAACUUGAAAAGAUUAGAAUACUGGAACCAUUUCAAAGGGAUCGUUUACUCUAGGUUCUAGGGUUAUUUUCAGUUAAUUUAGGUUAAAAUUAUGCUUCAUAAAAAGU